AUGGAUCCGACGCUCCUCAUAGGAGACGUCGUCGAACGACAUCUCUCCGCGACCAAGGCUGUCGAGUUUCCGGCCCUGCAAACGUCCUCUACCGGCUUCCCGCAGCACAAGAGGCGAUGGAAGAGCUCGGCCUUCAAGAAGCAGCGGUCGGGCGCUGGCUCUGAGCCAGAAACAGGGAGCGAUGCGGACGCGUCUCGGUCCUCUGCGCAGGGCGUCACACAGCAGCUGGGGCUUGACGAGGCAGAGAGGAGGCGCAUCGAUCAAGAGAAUCGGCAAAAGAUUGCGAGCAUGUCGCCACAAGAGAUAGCACAGGCACAGGACGACAUCAUGCAAGGUCUCAAUCCCACUCUAGUGCAACGACUCCUCCAGCGGGCAAACAUCGACGACCACAUCGAGCCUUCGCCUUUCGAUCCUCCCGCCUCCGAACACAAGGAAAAGACACCGGCACCGCCCGAGGACAAGGCGCUGACGCAAAUCCCACCCAAUCUGUUUCCCAUCACCAACCAACCAAAGUCGACGCACUUUCCCGCUCCCCCAAGCCUUCCCGACAUCGACCCCUCCGAUCCCAACUUCCUUGCGACGCUUCACGAAAAAUACUUCCCCAGCCUGCCUGCCGAUCCCAGCAAGCUCGCUUGGAUGGCGCCCGUGCCCAGCAAAGACAGCCCCGCGGACAAGGAAUCGCCCUACUACCCCCAUCCCGAAAUCGGCGUGUCCGCUCUGCGGUUCGACUUUCGCGGCAGGUUUCUCUCGCCACGCAUCAGUCGGUCCAUUCCUUCUACCAGGGGACUCCAUCACCAUGGGGAAGCCCCAGAGGCCGCCGGAUAUACCGUCGCGGAGCUGGCUCGGCUCGCUAGAAGUGCUGUGCCCGCCCAACGAUGCAUGGCUUACCAGACCCUGGGCAGGAUCCUCUAUCGGCUAGGGCACGGAGAGUGGGGGAAGACGGAGAACGACCCGAUUGCGAUGGGCGUUUGGGACUCGAUGAAGCAGGGCAGAGUUCUGGAGAGCCUGCUGGAGGCAGCAGCUGGCGAGGGCGGACACAGAGGAAGUCGCGCCUACGCCACGGAAGCACUCUGGCUCUUCGAAAAGGGUGGGUGGAAGGAGAAGCUCAAGGGACGGUAA